UGUGUGUGUGAGUGAGUGUGCCACAACCGAGUGCUCUUGUUAACGUUGGGGUAAGCAAAUAAUGAGAGCAUUUAAGCGUGUCAAAGGAACAGGACAUGGUGCACAGGACAUUGGACAUCAGCUGGGAGAGGCCGAAACUGCCGGAGAACGGAUAUCCAAAACUAUAACCAUAACCGUAAGGACGACCAUAAUAUCCGCUGCCCAACAGGCCGCCGCCGUACGUACUGCCAUAAGGAUAAUAAGGAUUACGCAUGCCAGCACCAUAUCCUCCAUAUCCUCCAUAUCCACCAUAUCCACCGUAGCCGCCAUAUCCACCGUAGCCGCCAUAUCCGCCAUAUCCUAUGCCUCCAAUGCCUCCAAUGCCUCCAAUUCCUCCAAUACCGCCCCCAUAGCCGCCAAUGCCACCCAAUGCACCGCCAUAGGCUCCAUACCCGCUGCCAUAAUUCGAGGGAUAGCCUCCAAGGCCGAUUUGUCUGGCAACGCGUGCUCCGCCCGCCGCCCCUGACUGUGCCUCCGGCCUGGCCGCAUCCUCCUCCUUCAGGGGCUGGCCAACUGUUGCGUCCAAGUGGCAGGCGACGAUUAGCAGCGCAUAUAAUCCAAAUAAGGCGCAGUUCCGCAUUGUGCCGGGACUCCUUAAGCUGUUUACCUAGCGAGCUGCUUGAAUUUGUGUAUAGCUGUUGUUAUGUGGUGACCGUGUGGUUUGUGCGUUCGUGUGGUGCUGUGUGGUGCAGCCAACUGUGACCCGGCCAGCAAAUGUUUUGGCCAUUUAUAGCCUUAGAACUUUGCGCAUAAAAUAGAAACUUUUGUUUCGCUUC